UCGUGAACUUUUGGGUGUAAAUCUUUUACAUAAAUAUAAUUUGAAAGUAUGGAUUUUUUCACUAGUAACUUGAGUUUUUCACUUAUAAUAAAAUUUAUUUUAAAAAAUUGCAUGGUAAACAAUGAAAAGAACUUUUUUUUCAAAGUUUUAAUUUUCAUAAUAAACUCUUAUUUCACAUGAAAAUUCAAACGAUUGUUCUAUUUGGAGUUUUUCUCUACAGUGUAUAGAUUCGGAGAUAAUGAAUUUUUUUAACAAAAAUUAACACAACUUUUUAUCGACUCAAUAACAAUAGAUCCAGUUCCUCUGAUUUUAAAGAUAUAAAUAUACAUUUUUUCCAUUUAAAUUUUUUAAAAUCGGCCAAGUGGUUUUUGCGGGUCGACGAAAACGAAAAAAAAAAAGUUUAAUUUUUUUAUUGUAAAAAAAGCAAUUUUUAAUUUGUUUUUUUAACUCAAAAAGAUAUGUAAGGUAUAGCUUUACUCUUUAAAAUGAAUUAUCGCACGUUUUUCCACGAGCGUGCUAAAAGGAGGUAAAAACAUUGAAUUUGUUGUAAUUUUAAUAUAGGUUGGCUAUAUACUUAUAUAUGUGCACGCAACUGUAUUUGUGUGUGUAUGUGUGUGUGUGAUAUAAUAUUGUUCAGCUGCGGCUUUAAUGUUAAUUCAUUUAAAGUUUUGCGGACUUCGUGCAUCGUCUUUUCAAAGUUUGAGUGAACUUUGGAAUGUUGUACUUCGAUUAAUAUUUAUAGAGCAGUUAUGCCAAGUAGCUGCAGAUACGUAUUUCCUUAUCCUGUACAAAUAUUGCAUAUAACUGAACAUACGAAGCCUUACAGUAAUAACCAUUAUGUGAUAUGUAGGAUGUCGAAACAGUUUUUUAUAUGUACAAUAGAUACAAUGCAGUAGGUUUUAUGCAUUAUCAAGUAAUUGAUCGACGUAAUAUGUUUGAUUUUUUGAUGAUCGACAUAACGAUAAACGGCAUUAACCUGACGAACUUAAGAUGCAUAUGGGUAGAUUUUAGCGAUAGCAUAAAAUUAAUUAAUAAACAUACUGCUGAUAAGAUAAAUAAUGUACUUGUUUGUAAUUUUACCGAGAUCUCAUGUAUUUUUUCAGACUCCAGUGUAAAUAUAUUUAUAGCCAAGUUCAAACGACGGCUGCGGGAGGGCUUGAAAAUGAUGUACACAUAACAAAAGAAAUGCUUAUCAACAAAUGACAAAUUGUAGACUAACAGGUAUUAAUAAAGCAUUUCAACGACAUUUCCGAGUUGUUCGUCAUUUGUAUUUGUUCUCCUGCACUGAGCCAUUGUCGAUUCUCGACUCCAUCGAUGCGGUGAAGCAAACAAUCGAAGAUCUAAGCUGUUGCUAACCGAUGAAUCAACAUUAAAUAUAGAUAUAGGUAAUUUCAAUUUGGAAAAAUCGAGAUAGAUAGUUAUCGGCCAAAUCAUGGACAGAGAAAAUUGUUGCCAAUGUAAAGACGUCCGGAUCGUGGAGGAAGUAUUCGGGCAAAUCUUAUCGCGCAAUGAACGUGUGCUCGAAGUUGCGAACGGCAAGCCAUCCGAUGAUGACGACGCAACAUUCCCAGCUGAAGUCAAGUCCUACAGAAUGAGCAAUAACCAUGGCACGGAAGUUGUGGUGAUAAAUUGGGCUGCGACUAUUGUCUCGAUAAAGUGUCUGGACAAGUACGGUCAGCCGGCCGACAUUGCCUUGGGAUUUGACGAUCUAGACAGUAAGACAUAUUCAAACAACGGCACCGCACGAGGGCGCUGGCUCGAAGCGAGGCUGACGCGCGACCGUCGGUGCGCAGGCUACCUGGACCCGAAGCUGAGCGACGCGCUGGGCGGCACCGUGGACAGCUGCGACGACCUCGGGCGCCGGCUGUGGGAAAGCCGCGUCGAGGACGGGCGCCGCGUGGUGAUGAGCUGCCUGAGCGCCGCCGGCGAGGACGGCCGGCCAGGGGCGCUGCUUGCCAGCGUCAAGUUCGAGCUGACGGGCCGCAACAGCCUGGAGGUGGCGAUGCGCGCCGUCGCGUCCAGACCCAGACCAGUCAACCUGACGCACUAUUGCGUGCUCAAUCUCGCGGGACACGCCGCCGGCUCGGAGGAGCUGCGCGCUCACGAGGUCGCGCUCAACUGCGACCGCUGGCUCAGCCGGGCGGGCGCGUGCGAGCUGCCGACGCUGCGUCCUGUCGGGGGUAGCGCGCUGGACCUGCGAGUGCCACGACCGCUUGGCCGGUUGAUCGACGAGCUCGCCGACGAGGCGGCCCACCCGCACUAUCUGACCCUCAGCCGAUGCGGUACCGCGACCGGGCCCCAGCCGAGCAUGCGCUUCGCCGCGAGGCUGCUGCAUCGGAACAGCGGCAGAUCUGUAGCGCUCACGAUCGGUAAGCCCUGUGCGACUAGGUUUCUAGAAGUAUACUCUGACCAACCGGGACUGGACUUGAGUGUCGGAGGAGAACUGUCGGACUGUCUGCCCGGCAAGUGUGGAGCGAGCUAUAGGCGCUUUGGCGGUUUCGGCCUGCUGCCUCGGAACCAGCUCGCCGGAGCGGCACCGUUCCCCUCUGCAACGUUGCGCCCUGGACAAGUGUACUACAACGACCUCCUCUACCGAUUUGGCGUCGACCUCGACGAUUGCUGCCUGCCUUAACGCUCGA